CUGUCCACCCCUGCUAGGCCGCGAAGCUGUGAUUUCUCUGCCCCGAUCUCAGGAUAUCGGUCUUAGGACAAGUACUUCUUGGUGGGGCUCUUCCACAAACUAUUCAUUAGAAACGUAGAUACGAAGCAGCAUGAAAUUGUUUGCCAGAAGGUGGCUUCGACUUCCGUACGUUCUCCAAGGGCGGGGCGUCGGCCUUGGGCUUGGCCACGCCCUGAGCUUCCGGAUCUGGGUACAAACACAACUCCACCUAAAACGCCGUCCCCACCGUUUGGCCUCAACGUGCUAUUUUUGCUCAGUCCCUCACAGCGCGUAUCCGGGCCUCCACCGGAAGUCGGAGCAGCCCAAGCCUCACCUCCGAGGCAGAUCCCGUGAGAGGUUUAGGUGAGGUCUCGCGACGUGUGUUUAAAUCUCAGGGAGAAGAGUUGCAAGAGGGUUAACUACCGCCCCAGUUCUUACGUCACCACGGAGUCACGCCCUUGGGCGCUUGUUUGUGUGCGCGCGCGCGCUGCGCAUGCGCACUCGCCCUCCCUCCUCCUCCGAGCUAGCUUCUCUGGCCAGUCGCGCGUGGGCUGAGACCCUGGGCGGGUGUUGCGAAGGCUUGUUUGCUUGAGCCGGGUGACCGCCGCGGUCCGGAGUUCCUUCCUCGCAGGUGAGGGGGUUCAGACCCCCUGCCUAAGGUGAAUGGGCUGUCGCGUGCGCUCCUAAGGGCUGGCUGGGGAGCUCGGGGGCCGGGGCCGCGACCAUGAACUCACCGGUGGACCCCGGCGCUAGGCAAGCUCUGAAGAAGAAGCCGCCGGAGCGGACCCCGGAGCUACCUUCAGCUCCCCAGACUGCCAGCUCCUCUCCUCAAGAUAAUAUCAGACAACUGGUACCACCAGUAAGGAUUUAAACACUAUCUACUCUUAUCUUCAUGGAAUGGAAAUAUUAUCAAACCUCAGAGAACAUCAGCUUAGAUUAAUGUCUGCAAGAGCACGCUAUGAGAGAUACAGUGGCAAUCAAAUUCUUUUUUGUUCAGAAACUAUUGCCAGAUGUUGGUACAUCUUGCUUUCUGGAUCUGUGCUUAUGAAAGACUCCAUGGUCUUGCCGCCUUGCAGUUUUGGUAAGCAGUUUGGAGGAAAAAGAGGAUGUGAUUGUCUUGUAUUAGAGCCUUCAGAAAUGAUUGUGGUAGAGAAUUCCAAAGAUAAUGAAGAUAAUAUUCUCCAAAGAGAAAUUCCUGCCAGGCAGUCUCGACGAAGGUUUCGGAAAGUUAACUAUAAAGGAGAGCGCCAAACCAUUACUGAUGAUGUGGACAUCAACAGUUACCUUUCUCUUCCAGCCGAUCUUACGAAGAUGCAUAUCACAGACAACCCUCAUCCACAGGUGACUCACGUGUCUUCCAGUCAGUCUGGUUGUAGCAUCGCUAGUGACUCUGGAAGCAGCAGUUUAUCUGAUAUCUAUCAGGCUACGGAAAGUGAGGUAGGAGAUGUAGAUUUAACACGUCUUCCAGAAGGACCUGUUGAUUCUGAAGAUGAAGAGGAGGAAGAUGAAGAGAUUGAUCGAACAGAUCCACUGCAGGGGCGAGAUCUUGUUCGAGAAUGUCUUGAAAAAGAACCUGCAGACAAAACUGAUGAUGACAUUGAACAAUUACUGGAGUUUAUGCACCAGCUCCCUGCUUUUGCAAACAUGACCAUGAGUGUAAGGAGAGAACUCUGCUCAGUGAUGAUUUUUGAAGUGGUAGAGCAGGCUGGAGCUAUUAUUCUUGAAGAUGGACAAGAGCUUGACUCAUGGUAUGUUAUUUUAAAUGGCACUGUAGAAAUCAGCCAUUCAGAUGGAAAAGUUGAAAAUCUCUUUAUGGGAAAUAGUUUUGGAAUUACUCCCACUCUGGAUAAGCAGUACAUGCAUGGAGUUGUUAGGACUAAAGUAGAUGAUUGCCAGUUUGUCUGCAUAGCCCAGCAGGAUUAUUGGAGAAUUUUAAAUCAUGUGGAAAAAAAUACCCAUAAAGUUGAAGAAGAGGGAGAAAUUGUUAUGGUGCAUGAGCACCGUGAACUAGAUCGGAGUGGAACCAGGAAAGGACACAUUGUAAUCAAGGCAACACCUGAGCGUCUCAUCAUGCAUUUAAUAGAAGAACAUUCCAUUGUGGACCCAACUUACAUAGAAGAUUUUCUAUUAACUUAUAGGACAUUUCUUGAAAGUCCUUUGGAUGUUGGGAUCAAACUAUUGGAAUGGUUUAGAAUUGACAGUUUAAGAGAUAAGGUAACACGGAUUGUUUUAUUAUGGGUGAAUAAUCAUUUUAAUGAUUUUGAAGGUGAUCCUGCUAUGACUCGAUUUCUGGAGGAAUUUGAAAAAAAUCUGGAAGAUACAAAAAUGAAUGGUCAUCUCCGGUUAUUGAAUAUUGCAUGUGCUGCAAAGGCUAAGUGGAGACAAGUUGUGCUGCAAAAAGCCUCCCGGGAGUCCCCUCUGCAUUUCAGUCUUAAUGGAGGAAGUGAGAAGGGAUUUGGUAUUUUUGUUGAAGGAGUAGAACCUAAUAGCAAAGCUGCUGAUGCAGGACUGAAACGUGGUGAUCAGAUAAUGGAAGUAAAUGGACAAAACUUUGAGAAUAUUACAUUUGUGAAGGCCCUUGAAAUUUUGAGGAAUAAUACUCAUCUUGCACUUACUGUAAAGACCAACAUUUUUGUGUUCAAAGAGUUACUUAGUAGGACUGAACAAGAAAAAUCUGGUGUUCCUCACAUUCCCAAAAUUGCUGAAAAAAAAAGUAAUCGCCAUUCAAUCCAGGAUGUACCAGGAGAUAUUGAGCAGGCACCACAGGAGAAAGGAAAUAAGAAAGUAAAAGCAAAUACUGUUUCAGGUGGAAGAAACAAAAUCAGGAAAAUUUUGGAUAAAACACGAUUUAGUAUCUUGCCUCCCAAACUAUUUAGUGACGGAGGCCUGAGCCAAUCACAAGACGACAGCAUUGUGGGAACGAGACACUGUAGACACAGUCUGGCUAUAAUGCCUAUUCCUGGAACACUGUCAUCUAGCAGCCCGGAUCUUCUUCAGCCUACUACCAGCAUGUUGGAUUUUUCCAAUCCUUCAGAUAUUCCUGAUCAAGUUAUAAGAGUUUUUAAAGCAGAUCAACAAAGUUGCUACAUUAUCAUCAGUAAAGACUCUACAGCUAAAGAAGUUGUUUGUCAUGCUGUUCAUGAAUUUGGUUUGACUGGUGCAUCCGACACAUAUUCUCUCUGUGAAGUUUCUGUUACUCCUGAGGGUGUCAUAAAACAGAGAAGACUUCCGGACCAAUUUUCCAAAUUAGCUGAUAGAAUUCAGCUCAAUGGAAGGUAUUAUUUAAAAAAUAACAUGGAAACAGAGACCUUAUGUUCAGAUGAAGAUGCUCAAGAACUAGUUAAAGAAAGCCAACUAUCCAUGCUGCAGCUCAGUACCGUUGAGCUGGCCACUCAGCUGUCAAUGAGGGACUUUGAUUUGUUUCGUAAUAUUGAGCCUACUGAAUACAUUGAUGACCUUUUUAAGUUAGAUUCCAAAACAGGAAAUACUCACUUGAAAGAGUUUGAGGACAUUGUAAACCAAGAGACAUUUUGGGUUGCCUCAGAGGUUUUAACCGAAUCGAAUCAGCUUAAACGAAUGAAGAUUAUUAAGCAUUUUAUUAAAAUUGCACUUCAUUGUCGAGAAUGUAAGAACUUCAAUUCCAUGUUUGCAAUAAUAAGUGGCUUGAACCUGGCAUCUGUAGCACGACUCAAAGGUACUUGGGAAAAGUUACCAAGCAAGUAUGAGAAACACCUGCAAGAUCUGCAAGACCUUUUUGAUCCAUCUAGAAACAUGGCCAAGUAUAGAAAUAUUCUUAGUAGUCAAAGCAUGCAGCCUCCAAUUAUUCCACUCUUCCCCGUUGUCAAGAAAGAUAUGACAUUUCUACAUGAAGGAAAUGACUCCAAAGUAGAUGGCUUAGUAAAUUUUGAGAAGCUAAGAAUGAUUGCCAAGGAAAUCCGUCAAGUUGUUAGGAUGACUUCUGCUAACAUGGACCCAGCUAUGAUGUUCCGACAGAGCCCCUUGUUGUGGUCUCCAUAUACUUACAGGUCAUUGAGUCAAGGCAGUACAAACUCAAACAUGCUAGAUGUUCAGGGGGGUGCUCACAAAAAAAGAGCACGUCGUAGCUCUCUGCUUAACGCUAAGAAGCUAUACGAGGACGCCCAGAUGGCAAGGAAGGUGAAGCAGUAUCUUUCCAGUCUGGAUGUGGAGACAGAUGAGGAGAAGUUCCAAAUGAUGUCAUUGCAGUUGGAGCCUGCAUAUGGUACCUUGACCAAGAAUUUAACUGAAAAAAGAUUAGCCAAAUCAUCAGAAAUGUCUCCAGUGCCUCUGAGGUCAGCUGGCCAAACAGCUAAAGCGCAUCUACAUCAGCCCCACAGAGUAAGCCAGGUGCUUCAAGUGCCAGCUGUUAAUUUGCACCCCACCAGGAAGAAGGGGCAAUCAAGAGACCCUGUCACAUUGAGUACAAGUUCACCUCAGAAAGUUUUAGGAACAACUGAAGAAAUGAGUGGUAAGAAACAUUCGGAAGACACUGUUUCCAUGACAUCGUCCUUACAUUCCAGUCCUCCUGGAUCUCCUCAAGGUUCCCCACGCAAAGGUUACACACUUAUACCAUCAGCUAAAUUGGACAACUUGUCUGACUCCAGCCAUAGUGAGAUUUCUUCACGGUCCAGCAUUGUGAGCAAUUGUUCUGUUGACUCCAUGUCUGCAGCUCUGCAGGACGAACGGUGUUCCUCCCAGGUUGCGGCAGUCCCUGAAUCCACCGGGCUGUUGGAAAGGACAGAGCACUCCUCUGGGACAGGAGCCCAUAGUCAGCUUGGCCCUGGGUGGACACUCUCAAAGCCAUCUCCAAUCAAGAGUUUAGCUGUCUCAUCUUCUAUGAGCAAUGAAGAGAUUUCUCAUGAGCACAUCAUUAUAGAAGCAGGCGAUAGUGGUCGUGGAAGUUGGACUUCCUGCUCAAGCAGUUCCCAUGACAACUUCCAAAGCCUUCCAAACCCAAAAGGCUGGGAUUUCUUGAACUCCUAUCGACAUACCCAUUUGGAUGGCCCCAUUGCUGAAGUUGAACCCACUGACUGUGAGCCCUAUUCCUGUCCUAACAGCUGCUCUAGAACUUGUGGUCAGUGUAAAGGAAGCCUAGAGACUAAUCAGAUGAGACAGAGCUGGGCCUCCUCCAGUUCUCUUUCUGACACGUACGAACCAAACUAUGGGACAGUUAAGCGGAGGGUGUUGGAGAGCACCGCCGCCGAGUUGUCUGAAGGCUUGGACCCCAAGGAUGGCGCUGACCCAGUUUAUAAAACUAUUACUUCAAGUACAGAAAAGGGCUUGAUUGUGUACUGUGUCACCUCACCCAAGAAGGAGGAUAGGUAUAGGGAGCCACCUCCUACUCCUCCAGGAUACAUGGGGAUUUCUUUAGCAGACCUAAAGGAAGGACCCCACCUACACCUAAAACCUCCAGAUUACAGUGUGGCAGUGCAGAGGUCAAAGAUGAUGCAUAACAGCCUGUCUAGACUGCCAUCAGCUUCUCUCAGUAGCAACCCCAUGGCCUGUGUUCCAUCGAAGAUUGUCACUCAGCCUCAGAGGCGUAGUUUGCAGCCAUCCCAUCCUAAACUAGCAGAUGUGACUGAUGCAGAUAGCGAAGCAGACGAAAAUGAACAGGUGUCAGCAGUCUAGCCUUUGGAUGGCCCAUUUGACAUCUGAAAAGUCCUGGAGGAAGGAGUGGGCAGAGCCACCUCAUGGUUCCACAGGCCAGCAAACAGCACCCUGCUGCUGCUGCUGCAACCAGAGGUUUCAUUCCCUGUCCUCUGAGCCACGAUGAGCCUGAACCCUGCCUCCUCUCAUCAAUCCCUGCAGAUUCGCAGUCUCCUCAGCUAUGGAGGUCGUGCCUGGAUACGUCUUCACUUUGCACACCAGACCUGCCUUGGGACCAAGUUACUAGAACAAAUCCAGACUCGGAGUCCUCCUCGUGUAUAUUAUAUCACUAUAGGUUUUCCUUUAACAAGUUAUUUUUAACACGUUAA